UCAAAAAAUGUAAUAAAUUGCAGGUAUGAUUGAGGCUGGUAUUGGUCCAAGACAACUUAACAAGUUUGUUACAGCGCUAGGAAUUCCAGGAGCAACAGCCAAGACUUUAAAAAAACGGGAACGGGAGAUUCAAAAGCCGCUUUCGGAGAUUGCAAAAACGUCAUGUGUGAAUGCUCUCCAAGAGGAGAUUGAGAAAACAAGGGAGCAGUUAAAUGUAGAAACCACUGCCAUUCCAAAGUUAACGGCUAAAUACGACAUGUGUUGGCAAAAAAGGGGCUCCGGUCGUUCGUACAGUAGCCACUCAGGUGUUGGAUCUGUAAUUGGGCAAAACACUGGAAAAGUUUUAAACUUCAAAGUAUGUUCAGACCACUGUCGGAUAUGUUUAAAAGCAUCGCAAUUGGGUAAAGAACCAGAAAAUCACGAAUGCCAGAAAAAUUGGAAUAAAUCACCUAAAGCAAUGGAGGCACAUACGGGAGCUGAACUUCUAAAAACAUUAGAAGAUAUUGGGGGAACACAAGUAGGUGUGUUAGUGAUGGAUGACGAUUCUGCCACACUGUCCCAAGUGAAGGAACGAUUGGGACAUCCAGUGGAAAAAUGGAGUGAUAUAAAUCAUUCAAGGAAGUCGGUGGGAAAUUCUAUGUAUAACACAUUGCAAAAAAAACACAAAACUUUAACUACCACAGUUAUAAAGUACUUUCAAAAAUGCUUUUCCUAUGCAAUAUCACAAAACAAAAACAAAGAAAAUGCACUUAAGGAAACACUUAUCUCGAUAGUUCCACACGCUUUUGGUCAACAUGAAAAAUGUGGUAAUUGGUGUAAAGCGGACAAUGAUAACUUCAGCUUUAAAUCACUACCUGGCGGAAAAGCAUUAUCCGGUGAUGACCUUUAUAAUGAUUUGUACAUUGUAUUUGAGACCAUGUCAAACAAUGCACAUAAACUUGCACCCGGGGGAUCAACAAAAGAUGUAGAGUCUCUAAAUGGCAUAUUCGCGUCUAAAGCACCAAAGCGAAUAUGCUAUAGUGCCAGUGAAAGUUUGAAGAACAGAGUUUCUGCUACAGAAGCUCAGAAAAAUAUCGGAUACCAUUACAUUUCGGAACUUCAUUUAGAGGCUGGGUUAUCGCCCAACAAAAUUACAAAGAAACAAAGCGAGUGUCUUUCAAAGGAGCGAAAACGGCAACUGAUUUAUAACCAACAACCAGAGGUGAAAAGAAGGAAAAUUAAAACAAAUAACGAAAAAAAGACAGAAAUAGCUAAGAAAGAGAAAGUCGAAGGGACUACGUAUAAAAGUGAUGUUGGUUUUUCACUGGUCACUGAGAUAAACAAUAUACCUGGGAUUCGAUAUCGUCCAAACAUAGAAACUGUGACCAAUUUUGAUGGUAAUUUUGCUGUGUUUGACUUAGAGACCAGUUCGUUACAAGAGGACUGUGAAAUUCUACAAAUAGCCUGUAAAUUUAACGAUAAUGAAUUUAGUUGUUACAUACAACCAACCAAGCCCAUUUCAAAGAUGAGUAGCGCUGUCACUGGACUUACAAAUGAAGGGGGUGUUCUUUUUCACCAUGGUAAACCAAUACGAGCAAUCAACCGAGAAGCAGCAUUUCAAAAUUUUGUAAUAUGGCUAAGUCAAUACAAACCAGUAAUACUAAUUGGCCAUAACGCCAAGUUAUUUGACUCUAAACGUUUAAUUUCUAAUAUAAAAAAUUAUACAUGUUUUGCCGAAUUCAAGACAGUUGUUAAGGGAUUUGUCGAUACCUUGCCUUUGUUCAAAAAACAAUUUCCGGGUUUUCCAAACUAUAAGCAGACUACAGUGUAUGAACAUGUUUGUGGAGGACAGUUUGAUGCUCACAACGCAAUAGGAGAUGUUUCAGCAUUGAAUUGUAUAUUGGAAAAAUCGAGCAUUGGUAAGAAAUAA